CACCCCGGCGAGCGUCAGCACGUCUGGCGCGCUCGUACCGAGCGUGAGGUCAGGAUAGACAACGCCCGCAUAGCUCACAUGGAAAACAUCUUCGCCCCGAACGCAAUGGGACCGUACAACCCUCGUCCUGACCAGAUGUUCGACGUCAAAGAGCUUGACGGCUCCCACAAUCCUCGCUCAUACGCCGACAUUGAGGCCACCUGUCAGCCCGGCACCUGGCGCGUUGGCCCCUACGGUAACGCCAUGUUUGUCCGCAGACGUCCUUGAAGCAACCUCACUUGAACUCCUUCAUCAAGGC